AUGAAUGUAUAUACAGGUUCAUCUUUUGAAAAGACAAUAAAUAGAACUACAACACAUUAAUAUUUAGUAAGAAAAUAUGGAAAUAAAUCGAAUGAGUAAUAUUUCAAUUUUGAAGAAAUACUUAAUUAAAUUUAAGAUGUUUUUUGUAUGAGUUGUGAAAGUUAUGUACCAACUGAAUAAAUUAACACUCAUACACAAAAUUGUAAUGGAGAAUAUGAUUAAUAUGAAUAAGUAGAUUCUUUGCAAGCUAAAUUAUAAAAAUGUAAUUUUCUUAUAAAUAAAAUCAAAAAGAUGCUAAAAACCUAUUCAUCUGAUUAAUAGUAUAUCAUUUAAUAUUUAUAAAUGUUAUGGAAAUGCUGUAGUAACAUAAUCUUAGCUUCAGAUUAUAAUAUAGUUUCACAAUCCUUAGAUGAUUUAGAUUUAUUUUAAUAAUACUUUGAAAAUUAAUAACAAGAUAUUGCUGUUGAAUAAGUUAUCCAAUAAAUUUUAACUAUUAUCAGUAAAAUAAUGCAAUUUUCAGAAAGAAAAGCUAGAAUUUUAUAGAGCAAUUAAAAUAAUGUGAUCAAUCAUCUUAAAGAAUCAAUAGCUACAUCAUUAGCUAAUGAAGGAGGAUUGUAAAAGAAGCUUUAAGUUCAUGAAAAUUAACUAAAUAGAUAUCGUAAUCCUUUUGAAAAUGUUUAAAACAAUAUUCAUUAAUCAUUAAAAGAUGAUUUUUAAUCCAGAUUCAAAUAAGUAAAUAGAUAGUCUCUUUCCCCAAUUACUGAAACAAGUUUUGUUGAAAAAAGCAAAAUAGGAAAUUUAACACCAAGAAUGGAGGAAUCUAUGUAAAUAUCUUCAACAAUGUUUCAUAAAACAGAAGCAGAGAAAAAAAAUUAAUUCUUUAAAAUUGCUGCUUGCUUAAAAAAAAAAUUUCCAAAAAAACAAUCAGUGUAACAAGCAUUAAUCAUUGCUUUAUAUGAUACAGCAAAUAAAAAUAAUAUUUAGUAAAACUAAUAUGAAAAUUACAUAACCAACUUAUAUCAAAACAUGUGA